AUGAGAGUGAGCAGAAUUCUGUACCGAAAUCCGGUUGUGGUUUUUGGUGGCCUAAUACAGUUUGAUACCAUUCCGAUCACGGAUGAAGCGAGUAUGCAGAAUAUGUUUCAAAUUCACCGGCAGACUUAUAUGAGACACCCACAGAUUGAGUUGUACGUUGAGUUUGAAGCUGAAGAGGCAGUAGCGAUCCAAAAUGAUAUAGAUGUAAAUGAUGAUAUAACUACAGUGUACGAAGAUAUGAAUAGUGACAGCGAAGAGGACUUCGAAGCCACUUAUGAAGCCGGCGAUGAAGAUGAGGAUGGUGAUGUGGGAGUUGAGGCAGCAGUGGAGAAUGUAGUGGUUCGUCCCUCGAGCAGUCAACCGAUGGGCGUUCCACCUUUUAUGUGUGAGUCGGAUCUCGACGCCAUGCAUGCCCCCGAGUUUCCGGAAUAUGCAAACAGAGCAAUUAGAAGUUUCACUAUAUCUAGAGGAGUUGACUAUGAUGUGUUUGAGUCUGAGCCACAGACGUUCUACGCAAAAUGCAAGAUGUACGGGCGUGGAUGUGACUGGCUUAUCCGAGCCAGCUUGAUACGGAGAAAAGGUUGUUGGGAGAUACGCAGAUACAACGGUAGGCACACGUGCACCAUCGGAACGAUUUCACAAGAUCAUUCCAAGUUGGACUCAGAUACAGUUGCUGAGGCUAUAAGGCCGUUGGUCGAGACGGACCCGUCCAUCAAGGUGAAAUCUAUAAUUGCGGAAGUCCAGUCAAGGUUCAACUAUACCAUCAGUUAUCGAAAGGCUUGGUUGGCAAAGCAGAAGUCAGUUGCCAUCGUUUUCGGUGAUUGGGAGGAAUCUUACCAAGCAUUGCCGUGGUGGCUCUCGGUCAUGGUGCAGAAGAUUCCUGGUUCAGUUGUCCAAAUAGAAACACGACCACUCUACAACGGGAACGAGGAGGCACAAGGUGUAAAAAUACUUCAUCGUGUAUUUUGGAGUUUCAAUCCAUGCAUUAGGGCAUUCAGGCAUUGCAAGCCCCUGGUUCAGGUUGACGGCACACACCUAUACAGAAAAUACAAAGGUACACUUCUAGUCGCUGUUGCACAAGAUGGGAACCAGAACAUUGUGCCUAUCGCCUUUGCCUUGGUGGAAGGUGAGACAGCUGAUGCGUUGCACUUCUUCCUCAGGAAUCUGCGAACGUAUGUUGUUAGAAAAGACGGUGUGGGUAUGAUCUCAGACCGGCAUGAGUCAAUACGGGCAGCAAUUAAUCGUUCCGGUGGUGACUGGCAACCUCCAAGAGCAUGGUGGAUGUUUUGUAUAAGACACAUCGCCAGUAACUUCUUAAGGGCAUUCAAAGUCCCUCACUUGCAGAAGCUUGUUGUCAAUAUAGGGUAUUCAAGAACGGUGGAGGAGUACAAUAUCAACUAUAAGAGGUUGGAAGAGCGAGGCGAGGCAUAUGCCAGGUGGUGCGAUGCCAUCGGACUCAGACAUUGGGUAUUGGCAUUCGACGAGGGACAUCGAUGGGGCCAUAUGACAACAAACCUUGUGGAGUGUAUUAACUCAGUGUUGAAGGGUGCCCGUAAUCUACCUGUGUUGACGCUGGUCCGAGCAACAUAUUAUAGGUUAAAUGAACUCUUUACGCGGAAGAGUGCGGAGUCUCACGAACGCAAGCGUGCUGGAUUUACGUACUCCGCAUUUGCGCAACAGCGGAUAGAAGCAAGUAUGCAACAGGCUGGGAACAUAGUUGUGCACCGCUUUGAUAGAAGAAAUGAGGUGUUUGAGGUGCGCGAAAUGACUACUGGAAAGGUGUUAGUUGUUGAUCUAGCGCGACGGACGUGUGACUGUGGGCACUUUCAGGUUAAACGAAUACCAUGUCGCCAUGUUAUUGCUUGCUGUGCUAACCAGCGGCUUGAUUGGCAGUUGUAUGUGCAUGAUGUGUACAAGAUGACGGAAGUUCGUAAGGUUUAUAGGUUUGAGUUCACACCCUUAGGAGAUCCUGAGACAUGGCCUGCUUAUGAGGGACCCACAUUGGUCGCUAAUCCCGCACUGAGGCGAACGUCUAAAGGCAGGCCCAAACUGACCCGAUACCUGAAUGAAAUGGACUCACGUGACAUGCGUGGUCCUCGGAUAUGCCGUCUCUGUGGUGCUCAGGGUCAUAGUCGGAGUAGGUGUCCGCAGCGUGCUGGACCGAGUGGUGUUGGUUCAUAG